GCAGGAUUACAGCUUGUGAUGUCACCAGCAGGCUGGUCCUCAGCGCUGUGUGUGUGUGUGUGUGAGAGAGAGGGGUUGUUCUGGAGCAGCCACUGAAUCCCAGACAGAAAGCGACGACUCCACAGCUCGACAGGCUGCUCCUCUGAGCUCGACACGAUGAAAAGUUUGCUCUCAGUGACGCUGCUGCUCCUCCUGGUGCUCACGCUCAGCGCCGAGGCCAACAAAAGAGCCAAACAUCACAAAGGUGGAAAACAUGAUAAAAGCCGGUCUUCCACUGAGUGCUCCCUUUCAGAGACCCAGUACGGGAAAUGUGUCCCGGAACACGGAGACUGUGGAGAAGGACUGAGAGAGGCCACCUGCAAAGAUCGCACCGAGAAGCUGCACUGCAGGAUCCCCUGCAACUGGAAGAAGGACAUCAGUGACUGCAAGUACAAGUUUGGAGCGUGGAGUCCAUGCGACGCCGCCACCAACACCAAGAGCCGGUCCGGGACGCUGAAGAGAGCUCUGUACAACGCAGACUGUCAGACCACCGUCAAGGUGUCCAAGCCCUGCUCCCACAAAGCCAAGAAGACCAGAGGAGAGAAGAAAUCAAACUGAAGAAGAAAGUAAACCAGAAGACGAAGGAGUUCUCCUCCUCCUCCUCCUCCUCCUCCUCCUCCUCCUGCAGCUCAAAGUUGCCUUCUUUUCUUCAGACCUAAAACCAGAGACUCCAAAACAGACUUCCUGUCCUCAAACUGAUCCCAUCUGACUUGCUGAUUCCUGCUCCCAUUCCAUGCUUUCCUUGGAUCUAAGCUUUAGCUGGUCAGAAUAACCUUUGUUCAGUAGGUGAUAGUCCCCCCCCCCCCCCCCCCCCCCCCCCCCCCCCCCACCCAACCCCUCCAGUAGUCAUUAGAGGCAACCAAUGAUCCUCCAGAUCCUCCACAUCCAAACUGAAGGAAAGUUUAUUUUUGGAAUUACAGAUUAUUGAUGAGACUUGUACAAACAAACAAAUAAAUGCUGUACAUUGUUUUGGUGAAAA